AUGCUGAACGCCGAGUGCCUUCGUUGCAUUAUUUUCUUCUCUUCUUUUCUUCUCUCCCUAGUCCUUUUCCAAAUACUCCUGCUAGUAGGUCUCCUAAGCGCAAAGAGGUUUCCAUGUUUCCCUGAAUAUUGCCUGCAUGACAAAGACUAUGAGGAACUGCUGAAGAUCGUCAAAGAUGGGUUAGAACCUGCAACUCAUCCAGCAAAUGUAGUCAUCGUCGGUGCAGGAAUAAGCGGACUUACAGCAGCGAAGUUGCUCCGAGAUGCCGGCCACACAGUUACCAUUCUGGAAGCAAGCAAUCAGGUCGGUGGGCGGAUCAGGACAUACCGACCAGAGGGACAGGACUGGUAUGUGGAGCUGGGAGCCAUGCGCCUGCCAAGCAAGCACAGGCUCGUCCGUGAAUUCAUUAAGCAGUUUGACCUGAAGCUAAACCCAUUCAUCCAGACAGACAACAACGCCUGGUACUUUGUGAAUGGCACUCGGGCAAGAGCUGAGGAAGUUAACAGAAACCCCGACAUCUUCAACUACCCAGUGAAACCAUCAGAGAGAGGCAAGAGUGCCAGCCAGCUUUAUAGAGAAGCACUAAAAAAGGCUUUCAAGACAUUCCAGACUACAGUCUGCAAGAACUAUCUAGCUAAACAUGACUCCUUCUCCACCAAGGAGUAUUUGAUUAAAGUAGGAAAUCUAAGCCGAGGAGCAGUGCAGAUGAUCGGUGACUUGUUGAACGAAGACUCUGGAUUUUACCUGUCCUUUCUUGCCUCACUCUGGGAUUUUGAUACCUUCUCUAACGAGCGUUUUGAUGAAAUCACAGGGGGAUUUGACCAACUGCCCAAAGCCUUCCACAAAGCAUUGCCCAAUGUCAUUCAGUUCAAUUGCACGGUGGAGAAAAUCAUAACCAAAGGAAACAAAGUCCAUGUGUUUUAUCGUGCUCCAGACACCCUGGCACCAUCCAUCAUAACUGCAGAUUACGUCCUUGUCACGUCCACCGCCAAAGCCACCAGGCACAUCCAAUUCUUACCACCCCUUUCUCCUUCAAAGGCCCACGCCCUGCGCUCCAUCCACUAUGGAAGUGCCUCCAAAAUAGCCUUGGCUUGCACAGAGAAGUUCUGGGAGAAGGACGGCAUCAGAGGAGGACAGUCCGUUACUGACCGCCCUUCCCGGUUUAUCUACUACCCCAGCCACAACUUCUCCAGCGGGGUGGGCGUCAUCCUGGCUUCCUACACCUGGAACGAUGAUUCUGAGUUUUUCCUGCCCCUCACAGAUGAGAAGUGCCUGGAUGUGGUCCUCCAAGACCUGUCAGAUAUCCACCAAGUGAGCAAGGAGUACCUGCAGUACACUUGUGACCAGUACGUGAUACAGAAGUGGCAGCUGGACAAACACUCCCUGGGGGCAUUUGCUGCCUUCACCCCUUACCAGUUUGUUGACUACUCACAGGCUCUCUUCGAGCACGAGGGCAGGGUGCAUUUUGCAGGGGAACAUGCAGCUCAGCCUCACGCCUGGAUCGACACUGCCAUGAAAUCGGCCGUCAGGGCUGCAAGCAACAUCCACCAUGACAGCGGUGAAGUCCAGAUGCUGAAUGAUGGGGGGGAGCAGGAGGAGAUGGGGAGUUUCUUCCCGAAGGAAGAUCUCUGA